CGGGCUGGCGCGGGGACCCGAUGCCGCCGCCGCCGCCGCCACCGCUGCCGCCUCCUCGCGGGCCGGGGCUGCGCCGCCAGGGCUGAGCCAUCGCCGGAACCAAAAACCCAGCGGCCGCCCGGCGCGCCCGCAGUGCGGGAGGGACGAUGGGCUGUGGCGGGAGCCGGGCGGAUGCCAUCGAGCCCCGCUACUACGAGAGCUGGACUCGGGAGACGGAGUCCACCUGGCUCACCUACACCGACUCGGACGCGCCGCCCAGCAACGCCGCCCCGGACAGCGGCCCCGAGGCUGGCGGCCUGCACGCGGGUGUGCUGGAAGAUGGUGUGACCUCCAACGGCGUGCCCCAAUCGACAGCCCCGAGUGGAAUAUCCAACCCAGAGAAGAAGAUGAGCUGUGGGACCCAGUGCCCGAACCCUCAGAGCCUCAGCUCAGGCCCCCUGGCCCAGAAACAGAACAGCCUGCGAACUGCAGAGGCUAAAAGGGACACUAAGCGGAUGUCUGCGAAAGAAGUCACCAUUAAUGUCGCAGACAGCAUCCGACAGGUGGACAGAAGUCGAAGAAUCACAAAGAACUGCAUCGACUAGCAGAGUGUUCCGCCAGCUGAAGGGCAGAGGGACUUCCUUGGUGCCCUUCACAUCCUGGAUACCGUCAAGGAAGUUUGACAAAGAGGUUGCCCUUGCUGCAUGGGAGCACGGCCAAGGGCUUUGGGAUGCUGUCUUCACCUGUUGAGACAUUCUCAGCCUCCUGUAUGUCACAUAAAUGCACUGGCACAGUAUUCCCUUAGGAUAAUAAACCACAAAUGUGUGUUCAGUUUGCCUCUGGUAACUCCUGCAGUGUGGUCUGAUAGAAAAAUGGUGAGCAAAAGCCACGGGCCAAUUUAGGAAACAAAAGUGGGAGGCGUGGGUUUCCAGCUGAGUCAUGGGCAGUUCUGUGCUCUCCUGUUUCAGGCCAGCUUAUUCCUUCAUUCUUCCUUUAUUUUAAAAUACUACUAUCACAAAGCUUACCUAAAAGCUGGCUUUCACCCAAUUUUCUUGAAUGAGGAAUCAAGAAACAGGAAAACUGUUACUCUUGUUUCCUUAGCUCAGUAUGAGACAGAUUCAGAUCCAAUUUUAUACGAACUAACCCCACCAAUAACCAGUGUGUCCCAAGGAGGCCUCGGUGAUACAGUCACACUCAUUUCUCUCUCACCUGUCUUCAGCAGCCCCCCAGGCCGGGGUCCACAACAGCCUCUGAACAACAAUAUUACAAUUUUGGUCACUUCAAAUGCCCUCAGGGCUCUGCAGAUGUUGCAUUUUUUCAGCUUCCCACUUUGCUUGUUUUCUUGAGUAUUUUUUCCCUCCAGUAAGACCUUUGGCCCAAUCAAAGACUAGGCUCACAAGAGGGAGAAAAUCUGGAACAUGUUGGCUUCCCUUAGGCCUCUCUGCAUAGCUCAGGACUGUGUCAUUUGGUAUCUGCAAAGAAAUCCCUUAAGGAAGUUAGUACCUGGUUGGUGUGAAGUCACAUGGACUUUAGAUCAACAUGCACUCUGUUAGAAGUCAAGUAGCUGAGGGGGUAAAUAAAACAAUUUUUUUUGAUAGGAAUAAAAUUUUCUAGCAUUUCUUUAAACAUGUUAAGUGGACAUAUUUUCCUCCAAAGUAAUGUAGCCUGAUUUUUAAAGGACUGUCAACAGGCCUGGGGUUGGGAAAGGCAGGACUAAAGUUGUACUGAAUGAUACCAAUAAACUCCAUGUUUAGCAGAAA